AUGGCAUACAAUUCCAAGUUCAACCCGGACAGGUUGCCUGCCCAUGCGGAGCCUGAGCAGGCCGCAGCCCUGCUCUCAGGAAGCGGACGCGACUCUGCACGCCCACCACGAACCUCAUCGGCGCGCCCAGAUUACAACGAUAAGCCCCUUCCACCCUCCCGCCAGGACGACCGUUACGGGCGCGGCCACAGCAACAGCUACGGUAGCUACGACAGCAGACCGCCGCCAGGCGCAUAUGGCGCGCCCGAUCCUCGCUACGACACCAGACCGGGCGCGUCCGACCCUCGCUACGACGACCGCCCACGGUACGACGCGCAGCCGCGCCGUGACCAGCAACAGCUUCCACCGCGCGACCCGCGAUAUGACGGCUACGGAUCGCCUCCACCGCAAAACUACGGCCAUGGACCAGCGCCCGCGGGCUUCCAUCACGGAAGACCGCCCAUCCAGCAGCGACCCCCGCCUACACCUGCCCCGCCGCGAGACGGAAACGACACUGUAGCUUUGCGAAGGCUAUUCGAUCAGGUGGACAGCGACAAAAACAAGAGCCUGACGGAGGCCGAGCUCAAAAAGGCGCUCGUAAAUGGCGACUGGACGCCGUUCGACCCGCACACGGUGCGCAUGAUGAUACGAAUGUUCGACACCGACCGCUCCGGCUCCGUAAACUUUGAGGAAUUCUGCGGCCUCUGGGGCUUCCUCUCCGCGUGGCGCAACCUCUUCGACCGCUUCGACGCCGACCGCAGCGGCAGCAUCUCCUACAACGAAUUCACAGACGCCCUCGUCGCCUUCGGAUAUCGUUUGUCGCCGCAAUUCAUAGGCCUGCUGUACAGCACGUACGACCGCCGCGGCGACAACAACAUGAGCUUCGACCUCUUCGUGCAGGCGUGCAUCAGCCUGAAGCGCAUGACGGAUGUGUUCAAGAAGUAUGACGAUGAUAGGGACGGGUACAUUACGUUGAGCUUGUAA